AUGGCGCUUGCAUCUGAGACGAGGGCUCAGCACGAGUCUGAUCGGAGCCAAAACCUGGGAAAGGAGGGGAGAAAAAGCCGCCGUAAUGCCAGAGGAGAGCAGGAGGAGCGUCUUGUGGAGGCCCAUCUUCCUCAGAGCGUGCGGGAGCUCCUGCAGUGGACCGUGGACUUCUUCAGGACCAACUUGCUGGGCUGGAUCCGGGAGCACGGAGGAUGGAUCAGCAGCUUCCCGGCGCUGGCGUCCGCCUCCAUGCGCUCCGUGGGUUCCGUGGGCUGGGGGGGUGUCCUGAUCUUCAUUGCCGGUCUGGCUCUGGGCAGUCUGUUCACUGCCAGACUGCUGUCCCGGACUUGA